AUGGCGGCCCCCGAAGCGAUACAGGUGAGCUCGCUGCCGCUGCCGCCUGUUCAAUACAUCAAUCUGUACACGGACGAGAAUGUGCGGCGAGGACGAGCACCGCGGCCACCGCCGCCGAUCCACGACAGCUAUUCUAUGUUCGGGAACGUGUUCAACGCCGACGACACGAUCAUCAGGCCGCUCGAGGCCCAGGGCAUCAAGCGGCUGUACCCGCAGCACUUCGACCGUCGGCGCGAGCUGAAGAAGCUCAAUCACUCGUUGCUCGUCAACUUCCUGGAUCUGAUUGACCUGCUGGUCCAGUGCCCCGACAGCCCAAGACGCGCAGAAAAGGUUGAAGAUCUUAGUUUGUUAUUUAUUCAUAUCCAUCACCUGCUAAAUGAAUUUCGACCGCAUCAAGCCAGGGAAACAUUGCGAGUCAUGAUGGAGCUGCAGCGUAGGCAACGUCAAGAGACAACGUUGCGUUUCCAAAAGCAUCUUGAAAAGGUUCAAGAAAUACUGCAGCAUGCUCUACAGAUGCUUCCUGAUACAGAACUGGACUCCAAACUUGCGAUAAACACAGAUGCCAUGGAAUCCAUGGAUAACUUAGGCUUCGAACAGCAGACCCAGGAUCCUUGUAGCCCAAGCGAUCGUAUCAUGUGUAAAGUGAUAGACGAUAUGCUUUCUUCAAAUGGACUGUUCUGAGGUAUCGCUCAUUAUUUCCAAACGUAUAACUUGAUCUACCAAUGAGUACUUCAGAACCAUUAUACAUAUAAAUGUAAUAAUAGAUAAGGAUGAAAUGUUUUUUUAAGUGUUAUUAGUUAUUUAAUAAAAUGACAAUAUUAAAAUAAA